CACCGUGUUUACUAAAGAGACUGGACAAGCUAACGAUUUACUCCAGACCUAACCAGUUUUCAUCGCCGUUCUUAGAUUACAGAGGCUGAAAACAUGCCUGUCUUCACAAUUCUGAAUACUACGUCAGCACUGCGGUAUGUGAGGCGGUAAUUUAGGUCCACACAACUUGUUUAGCUAACUUGCAAGUAUGGAUGUUGGCGACCGGGACUAGCUAUUCUGGCUAGUUUACGUUAGCUGUUUGUGCAAGGCCGCUAGAAAACUGAAGCUACAAUACCUUAAAACCAUUAGCACCACCAAUAUGACCCGUGACAUUCUGCUGGGAGACGAACUGCCUGACUGGGCAGGAGCGAAGGAGUUUUACCAGAAGUAUGAUCCCAAGGAAGUGAUUGGCAGGGGUGUAAGCAGUGUGGUGCACCGGUGUCUCUGCAAGCAGACCGGGUCGGAGCUGGCUGUGAAAAUUAUUGAGAUAACUGCUGAGAAGAUGACUGAACUGCAGCUGGAGGAAGUGAAAAACUCCACGCUGAAGGAGAUCCACGUUCUCACUAUAAUCAAAGGACACCAUUCCAUCAUUACUCUGAUUGAUUCCUAUGAGUCCGCGACCUUCAUAUUUCUAGUAUUUGACCUUAUGAGAAGAGGAGAGCUGUUUGAUUACCUGACUGAAAAGGUGACCCUUAAUGAGAAAGAAACCAGGUGUAUGAUGCGCGCUCUGUUGGAGGCCGUGCAGUAUCUCCAUUCUCUCAACAUCAUCCACCGAGACUUGAAACCUGAGAACAUCCUCCUGGACGACCACGGCCACAUCAAACUCUCAGACUUUGGUUUCUCAGUGCAGCUGCAGCCCUCAGAGCAGUUGAGAGAGCUCUGUGGGACACCUGGUUACCUUGCACCCGAAAUACUGAAAUGUUCCAUGGAUGAGACCCACCCUGGAUAUGGGAAGGAGGUUGACCUCUGGGCUUGUGGAGUGAUCCUGUUCACACUUCUGGCGGGGUCCCCGCCCUUCUGGCACCGCAAGCAGAUGCUGAUGCUGCGAAUGAUCAUGGAGGGCCGCUAUCAGUUCGCGUCACCUGAGUGGGACGAUCGAUCUGAUACCGUCAAGGACCUGAUCUCCAGGCUGCUGGUGGUGGACCCCAUACAGCGGCUGUCAGCAGAGCAGGCUUUGGCUCAUCCAUUCUUUCGCCAGUACCAGAAGGACGUGCGGCGCUUUAGUCCAAGGAAAACCUUCAGGGUUCUGAUCUUGACUGCUCUGGCCUGCAUCCGCAUCCACUUCCGCUACCUCCGCAGCAGGCCGGUAACGCGCGACCUCCUGGCCAGGGACCCAUACUCGCUGCGGGGCGUGCGCAAGCUCAUCGAUGGCUGUGCCUUCCGCAUCUACGGCCACUGGGUGAAGAAGGGCGAGCAGCAAAACCGCGCAGCGCUCUUCCAGAACACCGCCAAGAUCAUCCUGCUGGGGCUUGAGGACUUUGACACUUGAAGGGCAAAGGUUAAAGGUUGCAGUCCUCCUCAUCCCCCCCCCCCCCCCCCCCCCCUCCCACGCACAACACUGUAUUGGAUUGUCAUGUUUUUAAUGUCAUAUCAGGUCAGAUGUUGUUUUUGUUUGUUAACGUAAGUUGUCUUACAUGUAGUUCGGAUUGAUUCAGGAUAGCCACCCUGCCAGCCUGGAGAGCUGUGGUGAGGUUUCAUUGCACUUUACUUACCAACUAAAAGAAGAGAUUGUUUUCAAAGACAGGUGAUCUUAUGUGCGAGGCAAGCCACUGUGAAAUUGUAUCUUGCCCAAACAAAAAGCCUCAUUGAAAGACCCAAUGCACUAUAUCUUUCUAAGUUUAGGGUGGCCUACCUCUGUCAUGUGUGCUUGAACUGAGGACUGUAGGGGAAGCAGAGAUGAUGAUCCUGUGUUGAAUCAUGCAUAAACACCCCAGUGAUAACCAUUUAAAUACCCCUUAAUUUAAUUGUGAUGAGAGGAACUUCUCUGAUGUCCUGCCUUUGCUGUCAGAUAUUAUUUCUUUUCAUUUAAAUCUUGGUCUUUAAUAGAAUGCCUACAACCAGGUGUAUUCCAUCUAUAAAAGGGGGUCCAAGACUGAACCUUUUUUGUCAUUCCUAGUUGGUAAAAAAACUAAAAGGAACUGGGUCCAUAAUGUUGAAAUAAUGUUACUGUACAAUCCUUGAUAACCUUGACUUUAGUCUGUUUGUAAAAACAUAGAUGGUUCUGCAGAAAGAACAUACACAUGUAGACUGUGGACUUGUUCAUUUUAACGCUGCAACUAGUCCUAUUCUUCAGCAGCUACUGUAUACUGCUGGAUCAACUGAGAGCAGAUCAAAUGGGCUGAUUUUCCUUACACCAGAAGUGCCCCACUAAUAUAGAGAUACCUCAGAUCUCAUAGGUUUUAACCAGUGGCCAGGCUGUUAAAUGCAGAAUAGACUGAAGCACAGCGAACCUCAGAGAGUAGUUUUCAAUGCGGUUUAAAAAAAACUACAUGCACAAUAUCAUUAUUCUAACAGUCAAUGUGUGUAUAUGUUUUACUUUAUCUUAUGGGAAGCAUGCUACAGUUGCGACAAGUUAAAAUGAUCUUGCACUUAUUUUUACAGGGGAGCUACAAAACACACACAAUGUGUUUAGAUAGAAAUAUUACCAUCAUGACUAUUGCUUAAAUGGAGUGAAACAUAGUGGAAAAGUCUUAAUCAGUGCACUUGGUCAUUUUUAUUUUGCUAUUACUAAAAUAUGUUCAAAUAUAAUUUUUUUAAAUGUUAUUCCCACCUGAUAUGCACUGUGAAAAAUACACUUUGUAGCAUUUUAUCACGUCAAUGGUGUUUUUACGCUGUUAAUGUGACAUGUUUAAGCGGAUUGAAUUGAUUAAUGAGUUUAUUAAAUGCUUAAACCUACAACCUGAACUGCAUUUUUAAAAUAAACCAAUGUAUUUAGAAGUGUGUAAUUUAGCAUUCCUGAUAAUCACCUGAUCUGCUUAAUCGUUUUGUUCUGGAAAACUUAUGUUGAGUUAUUGAUUAUUUCACAAUGUUGACCUAGAACAAUAAAUAUUUACAACCGUGAA